GGCCCGUUCCCGGUUCCCGGUUGCCCGGUUCCCGCCCGGCCGCAGCCGCCGCCGCGGGACCCCCUGGGCGGGGGGACGAGCCCAUGGCCGGGAAGGAGCCGCUGCUGAGCGCCUUUAAAGGCGGAGUGCUGCAGCUGCGGGAGGGCGGGGGGCCCUGCACGGACACCUCGCCGCACCUUGCCUCCCUCUGCCAGCUGCUGGAGAGCAUCCUGCGCAAGGGGCUGCGACAGCCAGCCUGGGGCUUCAGGAGGCGGGAUUACUGGCACUGGCUGGAGCAGCUUCCUGCAGGGGAUGGCAGCAGGCCGACCCCUCUCUCCAUCAGCAUCCAGAAAGCGGGCAGCUGUGAGAAGGUGCAGACGGCGCAGGGCCAUGGGCGGUACUUUCUGCGCUUGGCUCUGCAGGGGAAGGUGCUGGCAGCGGCCGUGCGGGAGCUGGCGCGGACCCCCCGGCUCCUGGAGUUUUAUGAUCCAGUGAGCUCCAUCCUCGGCAACGAAGACCUCCUGGAGCCUUUCCUCUCGCUGCUGCUGGUGGUGACAGAGAUGGAUUUCUCCCUGGACCUGCAGAAUUGCAGCUUCUUGGACGAAAGCUGGCUGCUGCCGGUGUGCAUCACGUAUGAGACAGUCCCGUGCCGAGUGCUGGGCAUGGUGCUCAGGUAUGUGGACGGCCGAGUCUUUGUCACCGAGGUGCUCCCUGAGAGCCAGGCAGAGGUGGACGAGGUGGUGCUGGCCGGUGACAUCCUCGACGAGAUCAAUGGCUGCUCCCUGAGAAACGCCUACAGCGGGCAGGCCGGGGCCGUGCUGCAGAAGCUGAAGGGACAACCGCUCAGCCUCCGCCUGCUGCGGUGGCGGUGGCACGACGGGGGAAUCUAUGAGCCACUGCUGCCCUACCUGAAGAUCCUGAAGGAGAAGGAUCCCCGCUUCCAGCUCCAGCGUGGCCCCCGGCGCAGGGGCGAGGGGGAGCCACAGAGGCUGCAGGGGGGCAGGCUGCUCUACAACCUGCGGUACCUGGGCCGGACCAACGUUGGGACGUACGGUGGCAAAGAGGUGCUGGACCAGGCCAUCCCUGCCGUGCUGGAGAGGCACGUGGCACCGCGGGAGGUUUUAUUUGAUGUGAAGGAAGCAGAAGUCCUUGUACAGGAGAAGACCUCCUCCAAGCUCCUGUGCCGCUACCCCUACCCCACGAUCUCCUGUGUGGGACGCUGCAUGGACAGCAGCAAUGUAUUCGCCUUCUGCGUGGCUGCUUCCCCAGAGAGCCCUGACGGGAGCGUGUUCGACUGUCUGGUGUUCGCAUCAAGUUCUGAGCAAGAAUGCGAGGAAAUCAUCAAGAGAAUUGCUGCAGGGUUUAAGCACACGGAGUGGUUUGUCUGAUAACGGAGAGCCCUGGCUCCAGCCCGCAGCUGUCCAGCAGCACCCCGAGCGAUGCUGGCCCCCGAGCAGGAGUCAGGAUGGUUUUCAAACUGCUUUGGGCUGUGGAAGUCUGUGCUGUGAACGUGUCCGGUCUUCAAACAAUUGUGCAGCCAGCCCGUGGUGACUUACCGCCUGCUCCCUGGUAUAAACCACUGCUCUUCUUCCUCCUGAAAUGCCACUUCUGCUGUGCCAUUCCUAAUUUCACUGAAAUAAAUCAAGCUGGGCUAGCUCAACUACUUCCCUGUGCUACUCUUCUGUGCCAACUCCAGCCUUACUAGUGCAGCCUGUUCUUGAAGAGCUGAGGAGAGCCAGCCUUGCACUUCAAUUUAGAUGUUAAUUACCACUUCCAGAUGUAGUCUGAGCAGCUUUCCCCCACCACAACCUGACACAGUACUGCUGAGAAAACCAGACCCGUUUGAAGGU